AUGGUGGAAGAUUUUAACAAAUUGAAUGCGGUUUUUGGUGAUAGAAUUAAAGAUAUUAGUGGUAAUGCAGAAAGUUCAAAAGGUAAAGAAGGUAAAAAAAUUGAGACGGAUAGUGAUUUAUUGAAUGUAAAUAAAAAACGUAUUGCGCAAACUCAGGAUGCUAGGGAUGAUAGUGAUAGUGAUAUUUGUGGGGGAGAAAUAUAG